AUUUUAUAUGUAACCAUAAUCUAAAUAGUCGGCAAAGGAAGAUGAAUAAUGUUAAGUGGAGGAUCAUAUACUAAAAAGAUUUGAUUUGUUAGAAUUUAAAGGGAAAGGAGCUUAUGGAGUAGUAUGGAAGGCAGUAGAUCGCAAAACAAAAUAAAUAGUGGCUUUAAAGAAAGUAAUGCAAUUAAUAGGAUGUAGAUUUUUGAUGCAUUCCACAAUGCGACUGAUUCGUAAAGAACAUUCAGAGAGGUGAUAUUUUUGGAACAACUGAAUAACCAUGAGAAUAUAAUAAAAUUGACAUCUGUAAUAAAGGCCGAGAAUAACAAGGAUUUAUAUAUGGUAUUUGAUUAUAUGGAGACAGAUUUGCAUAAGGUAUGAGUAUGUGAUUAAGGAAUAGGUGAUAAGGGCAAACAUUUUGGAGCCAAUUCACAAGAAAUAUAUCGUUUAUUAAGUGUUGAAGGGUUUAAAAUAUUUACAUACGGGAGAGGUGAUACAUAGAGAUUUGAAGCCUUCAAAUUUAUUAAUAAAUUCAGAAUGUAAAGUAAAGGUAGCAGAUUUUGGGUUGGCCAGGAGUGUAGCUAAGCCAGAGGAUAACACGAAUCCAAUAUUGACAGAAUAUGUAGCAACAAGAUGGUAUAGAGCACCUGAGAUAUUAUUGGGAUCUCAAUUAUAUUCAAAAGCAGUCGAUAUGUGGAGUUUGGGAUGCAUAGUGGGAGAGAUGAUAGUAGGAAAAGCCAUAUUUCCAGGGACAUCUACUUUAAAUUAAAUAGAGAGGAUAAUUGAAUUAUGUGGAAGACCAAAACCUGAUGAUUUAGAGGCAAUACAAGCUCCAUUAGCAGAAUAAGUGUUAUAAAGUAUUACUACCCAAAAAAAAAAGAGUUUUGGAUAGUAUUUCUCGGCUGCAUCAGAAGAUGCUAUUGAUUUUUUAAAGUAAAUUAUAUUUAUUAAUAUAUAUCUCAGAAAAACAUUGGUUUACAACCCAGCUAAAAGAAUGACAGUAGAAUAAGCAUUGGAACAUCGAUAUAUUAAAGAAUUUAAAAAUACUGAAGAGGAAUCUAAAAGAGGUAUUUAAUUGUUGAUAGUAUGCUUUUAGAUACUCCUCUUGAAACUGUUAUGGAUGAUAAUCAUAAAUAUUCCAUAAAAGAUUAUUAAAAUACUUUGUAUAAUCACAUAGUUUAAAAAAAGAGGAUUGAACAUAAAUCAUUAAUUUUUAGAAAUUCCAAUAAUGGUAGUGUUAAUUUAAGCGUUGAUAAAUCUACAUCUCCUACUAAAAAGGAAUCUUCUAUUAUUAAAAAAGAACCAGAAAAUAUUAAUAAUGAUAAUGAAUUUUAACAUCCAGGACGUGCUCUCCAUCAAAAAUCAUAAUCUUAUUCUUAAGGGUAGUUUAUGGUCAGAAAAGCUACCUCAUAAGAAGAUAUUUAGUUUUAGGUCUCAACACAUUAAAGUCCCACAUAUAAAAAAUAAUAAUAGAUGUUCCCCAUGGUUGAUUCUAAUAGUCCCAUUAACAAAGGUUAAAGAAAAUCUUCUUUAGAUAAAAAAUUAUAGAGUAAUUUGACAGCUGCCAUGUAGGCUACUCUAUCUCAAUAAUAAUUCUCAAGAAAAGGAUCACAAGGCAAUAUAUCUAAAACUACUGUUUUCAAUAAAUCAAUGACUAACACACAAUACAACUCCUUGUUUUAGAAAAAAAAAUGAACUUAUAUAUUAAAUAUCUACAU